CGUACACAUUAGCUGAACAUGUCUGCUGUCUGGCUCAGGCUUCUCAUCGGCAUCUUUUGUUUUUCCUACACAAGCCAGGCUGCAACAGUGCACACCGAUGGAGUGAUAUGGAGACAAUCUGGCGACUCCAUGACCAUCCAAUGCAGAUCUUCUCAAACAGGCCGAUUGUACCUGUAUUUGCGCAAAGGGCUCAGCAAGGACUUUGAAGUUCUCUACAAGGCAUCCCAAAAAAAUACAGUUUCUGAGAAGUACGCUGGCAGACUCCAGGUCACAGGAGCCGUCGCCUCUGUGGACAUUGUCAUCUCAAACCUGACGCAUGAAGACACAGGACCAUACUGGUGUGUCUAUGAGAUGUUUGACAGCCGCAGCUAUGAAACGACGGGAGCAAUCGGCACAGGCUCGGUGCUCCUGGUGGUUACAGAUGAGCAGCAGUGUGAUCAACCAAACAAGAAUCUUCUCCUGGUGACGGCCGUGGUUUCAGCUGCUGUGCUGUUUGGAGUCUUCAUCGCCUUCCUCCUGUGGAUCAUCCCCAAGAUCAAAAGGUGGCACGCCAAAAUGGUGCCGAGGCACACAGUGAGCACUGAUGUUUAUGAGGACAUGCGUGCGACACUCCGACCCUAAAGACUGCCCGGACUGCGUGUGUGCUGCAGCUACACGGUACACAAACAAAGAUAGGUGGAAGUACUUCAUGCUCUGCUGACUGUAAACCAAUCAGGUACAUCCGUUGUGAAAAGACUCUUCGGUCUCUUAGUUUUGUCAUUGCAGGAUGCUCUUUUAUUUCAUGUCAUUUAGUAUAUUUUCUAUAUUUACAACGCACUGCUUCUUAGUUUAUGCUUGCAUGUUGGUGUUUUGGGGUCUUUUGUGACCUUUUGGAUGAGUUGUCACUGCACUGUUGGGGUCAUUUUGGUUGGCCGGCCACUCCUGGGAAAGUUCACCACUGUUCCAUGUUUUCGCCAAUUGUGGAUAAUGGCUCUCACUAUGGUGUGCUGGAGUCCUAAAGCUUUACAAAUGGGUUUAUAUAUAUAUAUAUAUAUAUAUAUAUAUAUAUAUAUAUACUUAAAUGGCAUAUAACUUUAUUUGUAAUCAAUCAAUUGUUUCAAUAAAUGGAUCAUUUUAAUGUCAAGGGCUUUCACAUUAAUAACUGGGUGAAAAAUGAAAUCAUCAAAGAGUGUAGUGAUGUUCACAGCUUGUUAAAGCCCAUAACAUCUGUUUUUGCAAGGACAAAAGUCUUGUCGUAUCUUUAAAUGAUUCAACCAGUCACAGAUUAGAGCUUCACCUGUGACAAAUACUGUAAUAAACACAUUCCCAGGUGUGUAUAAAAAGAUCCCUGGCACACCAGACCUUCAUGUGAAGUGCAACCUGGCCUCUGACAACAUGCCAAAGAUUCAACCACAGACCAAAGUGCUGAUCAUCAAGAGCCUGAAGACCAAGUCUGCUGCUGAGGUGGCAGACAUCUUUAAUGUGUCCAAACGUCAAGGGGAGAGGAUAAAAAAAAGAUUUGAAGAAACCGGUGAUGUUCAUGACAAGCCCAGGUCAGGCAGACCCCGUAAAACAACUGUUCGAGAGGACCGUUUGUUGCUUCGACAGUCCAGGGCCAGCCCUUUUUCAACUGCAGCUAAGUCAUGUUUUAACAGGGGGGCAAUCACUUUUUCACACAGGCCCAUGUUGUUU